AGGAAAACAAAAACGAAAACGAAAGUAAGCCCUGACCGCACUCUGACAUGGGCAGCGAUUUGAGGCAAAACAAAUGCAGUAAAACUCGAUGGAAGGGAAAAGCUGUUAACAAACAAAAAUUAAAACACUCAAAGAAAAGAAAAGAAAAUAAAGCGAACGUGCAAAAAUUGGCAAUGGGAAUAAUUGGAAUACAGUGCCACCACGCGACGUUAUCUGUGCAGCGUAGUUCUGGCCGAAAGACGAAGCGAAGAAGGCUGUGAGACGGCUGGCAGAGAUAGUAGUAGUUCGACUACUUCGUACUAACCAAAUAGGCGCUCACCUUAUACAUGCGUAAAUGGGCAUGAUAAAUACUUAAAUAUAUGUACAUAUGUGUAUGCACCAAACUUCGAGCAUACAUACAUGCAGACAUACAUACAUACGGACGUCUGUAUGUGAGUACAUGUAUCAAAAAAAUCCAAAUCGAUUGCCUGCCUAGUUAGGCGGUUCUGAUAAGAUAGAAGACUCCUCGAGCCCAGCACACGUACACUGAGAGAGAGUGAGAGUGAGAGAGAGGGAGAGAACAAGAGAGAGACACACUUACAGAGGCAUUCCAGAAAAAGCGAUACAUAACUGGAGUGAAACAUCGAGAGGUGCGCCAAGUGCCAAGUACUAGUCGUGGUUAUACAAUUACCAGCAGCAGGCGAGCAGCAAGCAAGGAGCAGGAGUCAUGAGCAGCAUCGGCCAAGUCAACGCUACCAUUGCCAGUGCCAAUGGGCACGGGGACAGCGACAGCAACAGCAACAGCAGAGAAACACCAAUGGGCCAAACUGACAACGACCAGCUGCAAAUCUUGGGCCAGCUGCGCAGCAUUGAGCAGAUCAACGAGCAGCGCCGCAUCUUCCUGAAGAGCACUAUCAACGAGAUACAGGAGGAGAACGGCAGCGAGCCAGCUGAGGAGGUGCCCGAGCUGCGACGCCAAGUGACGCCGCCCAAUAGUCUGGCGCUGAGCGUUAAAUAUGCCACGCUGCCAAGUCCAACGCUGGCCACAUCGACGAUGGUGCGCUCGCCGCUGUCGCCGCCGCCGAAGCCGCCGAUGCUAAGUCGCACGCGCAGCACAGGCUCGGGGGAUGCGCGAUCGCCGCUGGGCAAUGGCGAGGCGGUUGUGUUGCGGCAUAGUGUCACAAAAGCCGCCCUGACGCCAGCAGCAACAACAGAAAUACCAGCAGAAGCAGCACCAACAGCAGCAGUAGCAACACCUGUGGCAGCAGAAACACUAGAAGCAGCAACUCCUGCAACAGCAGCAGCAGCAACUCCGGAAACAGCAGCAGCAGCAACUCCUGCAACAGCUGCACCAGCACCAGCAAUAGAUUCAACUCCAGCAACAACAACAACAAGAAAGUCAUCCGUUGAGCAACCAGCGCUACCAACUACGAUCUCAAGCAAGCACUAUGAGAGCCUCAUCGAAGAGCUGCGCUGUCCCGGCUGCGCGAGUCCGAUGAAGGCGCCCGUGAUGCUCUGCAAGAGCGGGCACAGCGUGUGUGAGCAGUGCACCCGCAUUCGUCUGAUGUGUCCGCUGUGCAAGGAGGGAUUCACCACAUUGCGCUCGCUGACAAUUGAGGCGCUGUGCGCCAAGGCGCACUUCGGGUGCAGUUUCGCGGCGGGUGGGUGCGUGGUCAGGAUGCCGGUGGCGCUGCUGCCGUGGCACGAGCAGCAGUGCAUCUAUAAGCCGAUGAAGUGCUUCAUGGGGCGCGUGUGGGGCGACUGCAAGUGGCACGGUAGGGAGGUGCAGUGGAAGCAGCACCUGGAGGAGCAGCACAAGUCGAAGCUGUUCUGUGCAGCCAGCGCGGAUCUGGUGUGGAACAUGGCCAAGCAGAUCCGGCCACUGACUGGCUACUAUGUGUUCCAGGCAUUCGACGAGAUGUUCAACUUCUACGAGAUCUACGACAAGGAGCGCAUCCUGUUCACCAUGACCUGCACCUCGAAUCGGCGCGAGACCAAGUACAACUAUGCCUACGAGGUGACCCUGCUGCAGCCGAACAACGAGGCGCUUUCCCUGACCCAGAAGUUUCCCGUUCACAGCGAGUACGACAAGGACAUCCUGCUGGAGGGCACCUGCGUCAGCAUUGGGCUCAACGAGCUGUCGCGCUUUGUCGACGACGAUAAGUUGCUCCAUUAUCGGGUUACUGUUAUGGCGGUGAGGUCGCCGCGCCACUCCAAGCCCAUGCGACAGAGUCUGCCCCAGCCGCUGAACUAUCAGCAGCCGAAGAUUGCCGGCGUCAACGGCAAGAGCGUGCCGCCCUGCAUGAUCAUCACGCGCACCUACAAGGAGGCCAUCGGCGAGGUGGCCGAUACGGCAGUUGCGCCAGUUACGCCGGAUGGCGAGACAUCCGAGAGCGGCACCAGUCUGGAGCUGGAGCGCAAGUGGGGCACGCCGCAGCUGCACUUUAAUCGCAAGUAUCUGAACACGUGCAGCGACGUGUCCAACGACGCCAAUGCCAAGGAGGAUGUACUGCGUCCAUUGCACGAGCCGCACGCCAGCCUCCAGGCGGUCAACGACGACAAGCUCUCCAUGUGCAGCAACAGCACCAGCUACACCAAAAAGAUCUCCAGCUCGCUGCGCCGCAGCAUUCGCUCACUGAAGUGCGACCUGGUGGAGAUGCGCCCCUUCGCCAAGAAGAAGUCGACGGCAACAACAGCAAAGGCAACAGCAUCAGCAACAAAAACAACAUAGGUGAUGACUGCAAUCAAUCAGUAAAGUUCUCGGAGCACUUGCCGGAAAUAUAUUUAUAUGACUCGCUAUAAAAAUGUAAAUAGUUUUUGUUUUGUAUUAUUAUUAUUAUUAUUAUUCAACAACAAAUGAGAGUCGAGAGUUAUUGUUGAAAAUCUGAUAGAUGAAUUGGAUAUUGUUUGAAUUAAACUCAUAAAUAAAAGACGAAAUACUCCGAGUAAGACAAGCAAACAAGACAUGGAAAGGCUUCCAGUUAACAUAAAUCAAUAUACAUAAUGAAAUAUAUUCGAUUUCAAGUCAAUAAAGUUUUCGCUUGAACUAA